AUGUUCAAGAGAAAACUCAAUGCAUUGGGUUAUCCAAAAAGUUCAACGUUUGACCCAAGUGUGGUAGAACAAUGUAAAGAGCUUGUUAUAUGGUUGGAAGAUCAGAAAAUACGUCAUUAUAAAGUAGAAAACCGUGUGUUUCUGAAAACUGCCAAUGCAAAAUCAUGGCCUGCUGCUUUGGAAAAAUACUUAAAAGAUGUGGACUAUCCGUUUACAAAGAAAAAUCAAAACAUGGUAAUUGAUUGGCUGCUUGGACUUGCUGUAAGGCUUGAGUAUGGGGAUGAUGUAGAAAAGUAUAAUAGUGUAAGUCCUGAAAAAGUUGAAAAACCAAAAGAAAACGGUGCGUCUGCGAAAAGCCCACUGCAAGACAUUAAUGAAAAAAGCAUGGAGUUUAGAACAGGGGUUCGAAGCUUGGCAAAAGUUUUAGAUAUACCAAUUCACCCGGAUGAUACUGUCACCUUGGAAGCUGUGAAAAUUCUAAUUGAGGAGCGAUUGUCAACUCCAGCUCUUGAGGCGGCAAAAACGACAUCAAAACCAGUUGGUCGCGCUGUUCCUAUUGAUGAUAUAAAACUCGGGUUUGAUACAGGGGACCCUAUGAUAAACAAAGCUGCCAAAGCUCUAAGACUGUUGCAUAUAAAUGAGUUAAGAAAGUUGCAGACACAGGUUAAUGAAGCAAUUGUUGCCGUUCAGGCGAUAACAGCGAACCCAAAGACCGAUCAACGCUUGGGAAAGAUUGGAAGAAGUUAA